CAAAGUUUCCCGUCCGUACGGGAAGACGGAAAUUAGUAAAGCUCACAGCGCGCCAGUUUCAACCUUUGUUGUCUUCCCUAAUCAAGAAAGUUGUAAUUUAUGGCAAACACAGCCUGUAUUCCCAGUAUGAAAUUAGAUGUUGGUGAAGUGAAAAUGAUGGAAACUGAAGACAGCUGUCCGCCUUCAAAGAAAAUGAAACAAGGUCGUCUUCCAUUCAAGCCACUGGAACAUACUGGACAGAAAUUACAGGGAAACACCCCACCAGGAAGUAAGAAACGGAAGUUGUCUGAUAACGAAUCUCCCAGUGCAAAACAGCUGAAGACGUCGAGUGCGCCCACUAAUGUCAGACCACAGAUUACAGAUGGUGAACCAGAAGUCAGCAGUAGUUCUGAGGCAGAUGUUGUCUCUGAUCACCUGCAGAAUAGAAAACUGAACACGCUUGACAAAUUCUUCAAACCAAAAGCAUACACACAAGAUCAGGAAGAAAUAAGUUCAACAAAUGAAUGUAUAGGGAUUGAUCUGACUGAUGAAAAUUCAAAUGAUAAAGUGGAACAACUUCAAAAUAGUAAAUUGGAGUCAACAGAAAAAGAAAAUAAAGAAGUUGACGAAAAUAAGACAGAAGGUGUAGGUGCUAAAAUUAUGGACCAGUCUGCAGAUGUAGUAAAUGAAGACAAAGAGAACAAGUCUGGCAGUGAGGUUGAUGAUGCAGAUUGUUCUUUUAUUGCCAAUACGUCUGUAUGUGAAGAUGCUCUGAAAACACCUGUUCGAGGAAAACUACCAGAGUCAGUACUUAAGACACCUGUUGUCGGUGCAAGUGCAAGCAGUGCAACUACCCCAUCACAAGUUGGUACACCGUCACAGGGUUCAGCUAGUGAUAGCAAUACACCAGUCUCGGGCAAAAAGAGGAAGUCUGUGCUGUCAGAGAGUACGAAAAAAGAACGAGAACUACAGAGACAGAAGAUAAAGGAAAAAAAGGAACGACAGAAGGAGGAACAGAAGUUACAGAAGGAGAAAGAGAGGGAGGAAAAGAAAAAAGAACUGCAGGAGAAAAAGCGACAGAAAGAAGAAUUAAAAGAAAAAGAGAGAUUAGAGAAAGAAAAAUUAAAACAAGAAGAAAAGGAGAAAAAAGAAAAGGAACGGCUGGAGAAACUGAAACAGAAAGAAGAAGAAAAGAAACAAAAGGAAAAAGAAAAUGAGGCAAAAUUGGAAGAGAAGCGUAAAAAGGAAGAAGAGAGAAAACAAAAGGAAGAAGAAAGGAAACAAAAAGAAGAAGAAAAACGAAAAGAAGAAGAAGAAAAGCAAAGAAAGGAAGAAAAAAAGAAAGAAAUGUUCAAGGGUUUUUUCAUCAAGAAAGAUCCAGUUGUUUCUCCUCCAAAACCAAAAGAGUUGAAAAAUGGAUUGUUCAUGCCCUUUGAGUUGAAACUAAAUAUGAAGUUGGCCCCAGAACGUAGAGGAAACCCACUGUCUACUGAAGCUAGAGUCAGUUUUGAUGAAGAAUUUGGUAAACAGGAAUGUGACCAUUUGUAUUUGGAGAGAAUAAAGUCAUCAUCCUUUACACCUGGGCAUUCUGCAAAAACUUGGCCAAGAGAACUGGAUGAAGAUGAUGAUGUGGAGUUGCUGUCUCAUGAGAAAGAAACAAUUGAGAAAGUUACCCACCAUGUGAAGUUUCUGUAUUUCCAUGAAAACACAAGACCACCAUACUAUGGAACUUGGAGGAAGCGUAGCAAACUCCUCACAGGAAGAAACCCCUUCAAACAAGAUGAGAAUCUGUUUGAUUACGAGGUGGACUCUGAUGAUGAAUGGGAAGAAGAAGAACCUGGGGAAUCAGUCUCCUCAGAUGAGGAAGAAGAAGAGGGUGAAAAGGUAGAGGAAGAUGAUGCAGAUGCUGAUGAUUGGAUGGUACCUCACGGAUAUCUCUCUGAUGGGGAGGGAGUCGAUGAAGAUGAUGAGGUUGAUGCUGCAAGUAAACAAGAUCUGCAGAAAGUUCGUCAGGCAGCAUGGGAAAGUGAACUGAAGCGUCAGGCAAAACCUCUCAAGAUGCUGGCUAUUGGAUGUGCCUGGGAGAAUGACGAGACCACCACUAUUGCUGCUAAACAAUUGGAAACAUUACUUACAUAUAAGGCUGUUUGUCUAAGUGAAGGACCAAUAGGAACAAGUUUUACUGGAACACGGUCCAGUGAGGUAGACAGUUCUAGCUCUAAGUCUGAGAAAACUGAUGAAAGGAAGAACAGUCAGAGAAAAUCUGUCCCGGAAGAAGCUAUGCAGGACCUUAUCAGACUUGUCCAUGGAAACCCUGUUGGAAUAAAGAACUUGAUCAAGGAGUUCAGAAUGUUCUGGAAGAAAAAGACAAACCCCGCUUCUACAGAAGAUCCAGCAAACUCAACAUUAGAUUCUAGUAAACUUGACAUUAGUAUGGAAGUCGAUGAUAAGGCUGAAAAAUCAGAAACACCGAAGCCUGAAGUUACAGAGACACCAAAAUCACUAAAUGAAAGUAAGAUGGAGGGACAGGAGGAGUUUGCUAUUUCUAAACGUCAGUUAGAGAUGAAGAUACCCUCAAUUGCUGUUCGUGAGAAAAGAUCUGAUCAUAAAAAAAUUUGCUGGUAUGUUAAAGAUGAAAUACUGAAACAGUAUGAUAUGACAGACAUAAAGUUACCAAACACUUGGGAAUAUGUGUGUAUUAAACAACCAACCUGGGCUCAAGAUAAAGCUCCAACUCCAAAGGUUGAAGACGUUAGUGCUGCAUCAACAACUGGUCGGGCAGUCCCAAACAUCAUGCAGUUUGCACAGCCAAUGUCCCCAUCCCAGAUUCAAGCUUUAGGGCCUGUCAUCAAAGAAACCGGUAAAACCUCUGAAAUUAUAGCUGUAACAGAAAAAGAGCCAGAGGGUAGCAGCACUUUAACCCCUGGUAAAGUGGCUGCACCUGCUGAUCAAAGAAGAAUUAAGGAUAUGUUUUCACCAGCUGCUAGAAAAACAGGUGGUAAUAAAUCGAACAAAAAUGGUGGAAGUCCAAAAUUGAUUGGAAUCUUGUCAAGCCCAAAUUUCCAACCUUCACCUGGUACAAAGUUGAGUAUUGACAACAUUGCAACUAAACUUAGUGGAAGCCCAAAGCCGUCUGGGGAAGGAUCUGACAAAUCGGGGAUGAAAUUGCUUGACGAUGCUCUGAAACAGUCAGAAGUGUCGCCUGAAACAAGUGUGGGCAAAAAAACACCUAAUGCAUUGAGAACAAAAUCUGUUCUUCAGUCUAUGUUGUCUUCACCAGAAUUGAUGAAACCUAAAUCUGCAGGAAAAAUUGAGGAAAAAAGUGAAUCUGAAGUCAAAGAACAACCAAUGGAUGUUGAUAUUAUAGUGCUUGAUUGAUCUUAUUCAGAAUACCAGUUGUCAGAAUUUUUAUGGAUAUAUAGUAACGUCUUCCUUAUUCAAUGCCUGAAACUUACAGUUUACUUUUUCUGGAGGUUAGAACUUACACCUUGCAUGAUUACACAGCAUAUAUUUAUUUGACAUAAAUCUACAAUUUAAUGUAUUGAAACUUGGAGAAAAUAUUUAAAGGGAAAGGCAACAUUUGAGUGUAAACUUCUGCCUGCUGGGUCUUCUUUAAUCAUUUAAGGUAGGGAACAAAUUUUCAUAGUGAACUUAGAAAUUGAGAAAAUUAUUAAUUCUAUAUUUGAUCAAAGUGGUUUUGUUUUCCAUGACAGCAUAAAACAAAAUGUUAAUUUUUUUAGGUGUAUUUCCUUGACUUUGUAAAAUAAUAUAUCUACUUUUCUAGAAAGAUUUUAAACUCCAAAAAGUAUUGAAUUUUUUCCAGUUAGAGGGUACUGGCUAAGUAAAUAACUCAGCACUGUGAACACUGUAAUGGCUUCUUCCAUAGUUAAACACUUUCUUAAAUUUCAAACUACAGCAAUUUUUUUCCAGUAUCUUCUGAUUUUUAAGAUUCUCAGCAUUCUGAAUGCCUUAAUGAUAGCUUUUAUAUGAAAUCAAAUUGCAGUUAAGCAUUAUUUCCCCUUUAAAGGGAAUUCCUAUAGUUUUUUAUGCGCAUCUUUCUGCGCAGCCGACACUUUCUAUGGAAAACUGAACUUAAGUCAACAUUUGUUAAAACAUGUUACAGACAAUCUUAAAUAUGAGGUUUCUUGAAUGAAAUAACAUUUUUGAUAAAUUUUAUCAGUAAUCAAAUGUUAAUACUGGUUUAUGUUGUAUUGACAAGUAUCAUGCCUGACAGAUAUCUUGCUAUUUUUGUGGUUGUGUUUUCACAUCGCACUUUAGUACAAAGACAGUGUUGUUCAUAUAAUGUAAGAUAAUUGACUUACUACUGAUAAGACAAUAUCACCUUUCAGAUUAUUUAGUAUUCAAUUAUAGAAAGAAUUAAGAACUUUUAAGACUUUUUUUAACUUCUAGCACACAUACAUGUAAUCAAUUUGGCUAGGUUCGCGCCACUUUCCGUCCUAACAGGUGUUGUAUUCUAACGGUCUUAACAUAAAAUUUAGCCUGGUGACCCAUACAUUUUUAGCCAUUUUUAUGUUCACAAUACAAUUAUCUAUACACAAGAAAAACAGGAAAAAAUUCUAUGAAAGAGAUUUUUCAAAAUUUAAAAAAAUAUUCUUCACUAUGGGUAUUUUUCAUUGAAAAAAGUUCACAAAUGUAAAUAUGAAACAAUAUUUUUUUUUCAUCUGUACCCAUUAUUGUAAGGAUAGAGUAUUACAAAUAUGACUAUAAUAUUAAAUAAGUAUAUAAUAAAAUUUGUAAAAGAAAAAAACCUUAUUGUGUUGUCUUGAUGUAUAUUUUGGUUGGUAUUUAUAAAAAAGCAGAAAAUUAUGAAAAUGUUGAAAAAUCACUGGCAGUUUCAGCAACAGUGGGUGUGUUCAAAACAAUUUUUCACAAAAACGAGCCAGGUGACCUAUUGUUUUUAUUUGUUCAUUGUUUUCAGCACAAAAUUUCAUAUCAUAUAUGUGAAUUAAAAAAAAUUCUAUGAAAGGAAAAAAACUAUAGGAAUUCUCUUUAAGAUCGGGAAAUAUAUAAACUGACUGGUAUGUAGGGCUGCAUUCAUAAUGUCAUAUCUAGUAACACUAAAAAGCCAUUUAUGUUUUAAGAGAGCAUUACAUAUUUAUGCUAUGUUUACCUAUACAACUGUUAUUCUAAAACCUAAUACUAGUAAAAAACCACAACUUUUGAAAUAUAUAUUAUUGUUUUUAAGUUUUGAAAAAGCAUUUCAUCUACAAAAUAUCUUCUAUAUUGCUUAUGUUUACAUAUUAUCUGACAAAAGAUUUUAAAGUUACUCUAAAAGAAAACUGAGCGAGUCUUCAUAAAUCUGUUAUGUGACUGGCAAGAUGUGUUCACAUUAUAGUAAGCUGUCACCCAGUUUGCAAGGUUCCUAUAUUCCUGUUUCUUCCUGAAAAGGAUCUUAUAAUUCUUUAUAUCUGUAUUUUUCUGUACAUUGCAUUUUAAAACUUUAAGCUUAUAUUGUCAUUUUGUUCUUGCUAAAUUGACCUAGUAGAACAUUCUAGUAAGAUUCCAUAUUAUAUUAGUAAUCACUAUUUGAAAGCAAGUUAAAAAGGACAUUGUGACAGAGUUAAUUUUUACCUUAUUUAAACCCGAAUGUGGGCUUUUUUUUUCAAUGAAAUUAUUGAAGUAAGGUUUUGCUAAGCUCGUUUAUUUUUGUAAAAAAAUCCAGGUUUCUUAUUUUCAGUGAAAUGGGUUAGACUGUAUAGUAUUACACUGUAAGUAGACAAAUGUGUGAUAUGUUUGAAGUAUAAAUGGCAAUGAUCAUGAUGAAAGAGAAAUUUGCUACAUUUUGAAUGGUUUACAUAUUUUGAUUUUAAAAUUUGAAGAACAAUAAUCACGAUUUAAAAUACUAUUUAUCUUGAAUUAUGAAAUAACAAAAUACGACGUAUAUUUUUAUGCCCCCGAAGGGAGGCAUAUAGUUUUUGAACCGUCUGUCGGUCUGUCAGUCUGUCCGCCAUUUUUGUGUCCGGUCCAUAUCUUUGUCAUCAAUGGAUGGAUUUUCAAAUAACUUGGCAUGAAUGUGUACCACAGUAUAACGACGUGUCAUGCGCAAGACC